AGAGUGCUAGUUAAGGAAGACGAGUUGGAGAGGCGGCCCCUUAUUUAUCCUCAUUUCUACCUGGAUUUAAUUGCACUAACGUCUCGAGUUACUACCACAGGAAGGAUAAAAUGGCUGUAGGUGUGAUAGGAACUUGUAAGGGGUGAAGAUAAGGACGUUAGAAGGGUGUAAGAGUGGUUCAGAUGUAAAUGGAGGGAGAGCUACAAGAGGGGUCCUGCCCACCACAGCAUCUCUGAUUGAUCGAGUACACGCGUCACUAACUACUGCGCUCUGGGCCUCCGAGGGGGCGUGGGUCAGCUGCUACCCGUCAUUGUGUGCACUUCCUGGAACAAUGGAUAUAACGGAGGCCAGACCCGUGCUUGCCUCGAUCAUAUUGUGAUUGGUCAACUGGACAUCCUGCGGAGCCUUGUGUGAGGCGUCGGGAUGGUGUGUUGGCGGUGUGAAGCGACACAGUGCAGCGGCAGCAGCAGCAGCGGCAGCAGCGGCACAAGCACCAAGGUGUUGGCCAGAUGAGCAGCACCGCGGCCGAAACCCCCCCAGGACCUCACCCUGGGGGGCAGGCAGGGGACCCUAACACCGCCCCCCAAACAUCGGCCUCUUCCUCUCACCAAACCCCACAAACACAACAUAGCGAUGGGGACGACGCGGGCGGAGACGAAAGCUGCGGGAGGCCAAACCCACGGCCGCCCGUUCUGGGUGGGGAAGACAUCCCGCGAGCUCACCACCACCACCCACAAUUUGGGGAGUGGGGAAAGGACCCCCCAGGAGACUGGGGAAAGCCUCCCCACUGCCUCUUGCCUUACGUUUCACAGCACCCUUACACACCUUUUCAAGGUGAGGGCGGAGGUGACAGUCUAGUGGUGAGCACGGGGUCGGUGGAGGCGGGCUCUCCCUGCUGUGGUGGCGGCGAGGGCGGCUCGACUCCGCCCGCCAUUCGCUGGUCCCAGUCUCUUCUUUACCUGCUGGACGACCCCCAGGGUAUACAUCUCUUCCAGGAGUACCUGAAGGAGGAGUGCGGCACCUGCGAGUCCCUCAACUUCUGGUUCGCCUGUAACGGACUCAGGAAGUGCGACCACCAGGACCCGUCGCAGCUCGUCACCAUCAUCUGGAAGCGUUUCAUCAGGAACUAUGCCGUGCGGGUCACGGAAAAGACGUACAAAUUGGUCAACGAUCGCAUUAACGCACGGAAUAUUGACCGUAACAUUUUUGAUGCCGCACAGAGAGAGGUCGAGGAAGAGAUAGAACGCAGCACGUACCCGAGCUUCCUGAAGAGUGAUAGCUACCUUAAUUUCCUGGCAUCCGCCACUCACCACGUUGGUGGGAUCGGCACGGACUCUCCGCACACCCCGUCUCCCGGCAGCCCUGGGGCAAUCACCGGCGGAGGAGUGCUACCCACGUUACACGAAGACUGCGAGUACGACAGCAGUGCAGCAGCCACACAGCUGCGCUUAACUCAGGGUGCCCUGGCAGCCACGGUCAUACAGCGCGCCUCGGUAGAAAGACGAAAACCAGAAGCUUUCGCCGGGCAAUAUUUGCAUGGCAGCAGCAGCUGUGGUGGCGGGGGAGUGAACCCCUACCACGCAAUGUACUCGUCAGCGCACGUGUCCAGCAGACAGGACUCAGAACUGCAGAGUCUGAGUUCUGACGCACUCACCGACGACACGCUCUCCUGCACUGAUUCCUCUGUAGAUGGUAUGUCUGUAGGCCGCCCCAUCAACCCCAAAUACCUGAAAAGACAAUACUACAAGAUGAGAGAGAACGCACGACAGAACCGGGAGUUGUGCUUCAGUGCCGCCGGGGGAGCAGGUUUCUUAGGCGGACACGGAGGAAGUGCUGGUAUUCUCCACGGAGGAGUGCCGUUCAUGCCCCGCACUCACCGCCUCCGACACGACUCCAUACCCAACAUGAAGCCCGGAGAGUUUGCUGCGUUACUAAUAGAGCGGCUGGAGAAAGUCAAGAGGGAGAGAGAGUCACAAGAGAAGGUGCAGCAGUCCUUUAAGAAGAUCCAGGAGGGGGACAACGUUUCGGACGAGUGCCGGAGAGAACACGCCUUCAACAGCCUUCCUCCGUCGCUCCUGCUGGACAAACUGACGCAGAAGAUUCCCCUCGACGAUGCAGACCCGUGCCAGGCGAUACUGGAUGACCAUGUGUCCAGAGUUUGGCAAGACAGCAAUAAUGACACGCCAGCUCGUUCUCCGGGCUCCCCGCGUCCCAGAUCCCCCUCCGGUCGAAGAGGUGGCUCCUCACAGCCCACCAGGCCCCUAGCUGCAAUGCCACACGCUUCGAAGAGCAGUGUCACAGUUGGAGGCACUCAUCCGUCCAUGUAUGUAUCCGGCACCGGCUACCUGCCAUCGUCAGCGCAGCUGGUGCACCCGGUUCAUCUGCCUUCUGGCCACCACCUGGCCCACCUUCCUCCCGGCCACCCGGCACACCUCCCCCCGGGCCACCCGGCGCACCUUCCACCUGGCCACAUGCCCCACCCGUACCAGACCAACAAGAACCUCCACCACGUUCGACGCAGAGAUCGCGAUGUGUACUCCACCUUCUCGUCGGACUCUGGUAACGUGGCAGACUACUACGAGAGCAGCGAGAGACCUGGGCUUCAUCCCAUCCCUAAGUCUCGCUCCAUGCCAGACUAUAUGGAGAAUUACGCUGGCACAAGCAGCGACGGUGGAAGCUCUGGUCGGCGACAGCAGAGUGGGAGGCGGAGCAGCUCACGGCGCGCCCCAGCGGACCUGACGGACUCUGGCGUGUCGGUGGUGUCUGACUCGGGUCCCUCGCUCACUCCUUCUGCGACGUCCACUGACAGAGUAACGUCGUGGCUCCUGGAGAGUGAUAAGUUUUGUGGGAGUGUGAGCUCGUCUAGUGUUUACCCCGAGCCCGAGUGGGACCCGUGGCUGCCAGGGAACCGUUCGGCGCACACGGCUGCCGGGGCCACCUCUCCCGGAACCCUGAGACGCAGUAAUAGCAGCGGUGGCCGGAGGAGCGGUAGUGGCGUCAGUGUGGGCGGCACGGGCACCAGCGGCAGUAACACGAGCAUCGGGGGCAGCGGGAGCAUGGCCGGUGGGCGGUCAGGGUCGCUCGAGAGAGGAGGAGGAGGGGGAGUGUGGGUGGGCUCAUCAGGCAUGGAACGGGAGGUGCUAGGAGGCGGUCACCCUGCCCACGUCGCUCACCUCUCCCACCCAUCGUCUCAUGCGUCCCAGGCGGUGCAUCAGCCACAUCCCUCCCACCCUGAUGAUGGCAAGAGGAGGAGCAGGGGUGGUGGAAGUCACGGCUCCAGUCGGUCAGCGGGUCACAGCUCAAGCCACAGUUCUGGUCACAGUCGGGGACACUCGGACGGCGGGAGUGGACGAGGCCCCGGUCACGGAGACGCUGCGUCCUCCUCGGUUCCCGGCGGCUCCGGCUCAAACGGUUCUACACUCAGAAGACAGAGACCUUCCAGACACUCGCAGCCGACGCCUCCAGGGGUGCUGUGUGAGAGUGGCGGCAGCAGCAGCGGAGGCAGCGGUGGUGGCGGCAGCUAUGCAGGUGCUGGAGGGGCGGCUGGUGGCGGGGGCUCGGGUCUGAGCGGGAGCACGGGGGGCGGCUCCUCGGUAACAAGUGCGGGAGAGAGUACCACUAUUGUUUAUAGCUUUCACGACGAUGCUGUGCCGUUUGUUACGCGGGUCCCCACUCGCCCGGUCACGUUGAAGCGCUUCAAACAGCAUCUCCCUAAGAAAGGAAACUACAGAUUCUUCUUCAAGAAGCAGUGCGAAGAGUUCGGAGUGAUCCAGGAGGAGAUCACCGACGACUCGGAGAUCCUCCCACUUUUUGAUGGCAAAAUAUUUGCACAGAUAAGAAAGGCGGACUAAUGAGUGUUGAUAUACUGUACUGAGGAGACUAUAGUGUGUGUGGACAUGGUCACCAAGUGGUUUAUCUAGCAGAGGAUAUCUGUUGUGGCGGCGGCGGUGACUCGGAUGCCUCCCUCUAAAUAAAAUUCCUCUGCCCGACUCUUGGUGACGCGAAGUGAGGCAGAGACGAAGCGUGACGGACAAUUUUGGCAUCGAUAUCCCCGGUGGAGGAGUAGAAAAUGGUCUGGCCGAAGGACGGACGGAAGUGAAGCGAGUCCGCCGGGGAGACUCGCCGGACCGCGGGAUCUUGAGCCGUGCGGUCCGGCGGUGAUGGAGCCUUGGAGCAGAUAGGCUUAAUUUCUUACCUCAAUUUAGAAAUAAAGUGAGAGAGAUGUAUAACGUGUGAAGGUGUGGCCAGGAGCCGUGUGAGACACUCGCAGGAUCCACGUGCCGGCGGACGCUCGUCGUCGUCAGAACUUGCUACCACGUCUCUUGACUCGCUACACGUCUGCCCACUACUCCGUCAAGUAACACGCUAUACUGUACUGCUGCUAUUCACAAAAUAAAGCCAAAACAUAGUAGUGACUGUGGCAGCGUCAAGUACUCAUGGCAAGAAAUUUGUUAUUUUACUUGUUGGUAAGUAAUACAUGAUGCUUUAGCAGGUUGUCUUGUAUCAAGUACAGUACAUAAUGUUUGUUGAAUUUGAUGUUAUUAUUACAGGCUCUCAGUUGUAUACAUACCAUAGUGUAGUGCUCACAGUGAGUGUGACUUAUGGGGUAACUGACAGUCAGUCAUGUGUCUAAAUUCACAACAUCAAGUUCACAAACAUUGUUAAUAUUAAUUUAAUAAAUUUUAAAAACUAAAA